ACGAAAACUUGAAACUUUUAUAUAGCAUCGGAUCAUUACUUCCGUUUUUCUACUUCUUCUUCUUCUUCUUCUUCAAUUGAUCGAUCUAUACCCUUGAAUCAGAAUGAAUUUCAUGGCUUCAAAGCAACCUGAAAAUAGCUUGCUCGGCCCCGAAUCUGACUCUCAAAGGACUCUGUACCCAUAUGUGACUGGAACAUCAGUUGUGGCUUUAAAGUAUAAAGAUGGGAUUUUGAUGGCUGCUGAUAUGGGAGGUUCUUAUGGGUCCACACUGAGGUACAAGAGCGUGGAGCGAAUGAAACCUAUUGGAAAGCAUUCUCUUCUGGGUGCAAGUGGUGAAAUCAGUGAUUUCCAAGAGAUUUUGCAUUAUCUUGAUGAGCUUAUCUUGUAUGACAAUAUGUGGGAUGAUGGAAACUCUUUGGGGCCUAAAGAGGUGCACAAUUACUUGACUCGAGUCAUGUAUAACAGACGUAACAAGUUCAAUCCAUUGUGGAACUCCCUUGUACUCGGUGGAGUUAAAAAUGGACAAAAGUAUCUUGGAACAGUGAGUAUGAUUGGUGUGAACUUUGAGGACAAUCAUGUUGCAACUGGGUUUGGAAAUCACCUUGCACGACCAAUUCUUCGUCAAGAGUGGCAUGAGAACUUGAGCUUCGAAGAUGGUGUUAGACUACUGGAGAAGUGCAUGCGUGUUCUGCUCUACCGUGAUAGAUCAGCCAUUAACAAGCUUCAGAUAGCUAAGAUCACUGAAGAAGGCUCGACAAUUUCCCAGCCAUAUUCAUUGAAGACCUACUGGGAAUUCUCUGCUUUCGCAAACCCUGCACAGGGUGCUGUGGGAUCAUGAUAGAUGUGGCGAACAUUUCAUCCCUUUCAGAAACUAUGCGAUCAUAACAAGAGAAACACUAAACAGAGAAUUUAUUGCAUGUUUUAUGUCUGGUUGAAACUUAUGAGUUUGAAGAUGAUUAUCAUUUGAUUAAUGCGACAGUUAUGCUUUUUUUUCA